CCUGCAGCACAAUGGUCGCAAGAGGACAGCGGACUGUGUGAUUCAGCAUCGUCUUUCUCUACCACCUCUCUCUCUCUUUUUUGGGUGUUUAAUCUUUAUUUUUAUUAUUCUGUCCAUUUUUUUAUGCAUCAUUGUGGUGUUUAUCCAUGUAGCCCAAUCGGGAUGUUGUGAAUAAGAGCUUGAGAGAGAGAGAGAAAGAGAGAGAAAGAGAGAGAGACAGAGAGAGAGAGCGAGAGAGAGGACCGGGAUCAGCUGGCGCGGAAUGGUAUUUAUGAACAGACAUUUCUUAUACAACUGCAGUGCACCGAUCCUGGAUGUGAAGAUUGCCUUUUGUCAGGUGUGUGUUCCAUACAGGUAAAAUAAAAGGGUUUUGGUAAACAAGUUGAUGUGUCUUAUAUCGCCAAGCAUUACAACAUGAGCAAAAGUAAAGUGGACAACCAGUUCUACAGCGUGGAGGUUGGAGACUCCACCUUCACGGUUCUGAAACGGUACCAGAACCUCAAGCCCAUUGGUUCUGGGGCUCAGGGAAUAGUGUGUGCUGGAUAUGAUGCUGUCCUGGACAGAAAUGUUGCUAUAAAGAAGCUCAGCAGACCUUUCCAGAACCAGACCCAUGCCAAGCGUGCUUACAGGGAGCUGGUGCUCAUGAAGUGUGUGAACCACAAAAACAUCAUCAGCUUAUUAAACGUUUUCACACCACAGAAAUCUUUAGAGGAAUUCCAGGAUGUGUACCUGGUGAUGGAGCUGAUGGAUGCUAACCUGUGCCAGGUGAUUCAGAUGGAGCUAGACCACGAGAGAAUGUCCUACCUGCUCUACCAGAUGCUCUGUGGCAUCAAACACUUACACUCAGCCGGCAUCAUCCACAGGGAUUUGAAACCUAGCAAUAUCGUGGUGAAGUCAGACUGCACGCUGAAGAUUCUGGACUUCGGGUUGGCGAGGACCGCCGGGACCAGCUUCAUGAUGACCCCGUACGUGGUGACACGGUACUACAGAGCGCCGGAGGUCAUCCUGGGCAUGGGGUAUAAAGAGAACGUGGAUAUUUGGUCAGUCGGUUGCAUUAUGGGUGAAAUGGUGCGCCACAAAAUCCUCUUCCCCGGCCGAGACUACAUCGAUCAGUGGAAUAAGGUGAUUGAGCAGCUCGGCACACCAUCGCCCGAGUUCAUGAAGAAGCUCCAGCCCACAGUGAGGAACUAUGUGGAGAACCGACCUAAAUACGCUGGUCUCACUUUCCCUAAGCUGUUUCCCGACUGCCUGUUCCCUGCAGAUUCCGAGCACAACAAACUCAAAGCGAGUCAGGCCAGAGAUCUUCUUUCUAAAAUGCUGAUCAUCGAUCCUGCUAAGCGGAUAUCAGUGGACGAGGCUCUUCAGCACCCCUACAUCAACGUGUGGUACGAUCCGUCUGAGGUGGAGGCGGCCAAAGAUCUUCAGAUAUCCAUGCCUCCUCCUCAGAUCUACGACAAGCAGCUGGAUGAGAGAGAACACUCCAUCGAUGAGUGGAAAGAGCUGAUCUAUAAAGAAGUGAUGAACUUUGAGGAGCGAACGAAGAAUGGCGUGGUGAAGGGACAGCCUUCUCCUUCAGGUGCAGCCGUGAACAGCAGCGAAAGCCUCCCUCCGUCCUCGUCCGUCAACGACAUCUCGUCCAUGAGCACCGACCAGACCCUGGCCUCCGACACAGACAGCAGCUUGGAGACCUCAGCUGGGCCGCUCGGCUGCUGCAGGUGACUAACCGCCUGCCUGCGCAACCCCGCCUUCUUUAGGAGGUGAUCCGAACGAUCUCACGAAAAGAAAAAAACCUAUCUGACACCGAUCCUAUUUAACGAUAAAUUUAGGAAUAACUUUACAGGAAAAUCCUGUAGAUCUUUAAGCCUGCAUUAUUCUUCAAAGCAAAAUGGAAAAAAAACGGAAAAUGCUGAUGUAUGUGUAUAUUUAUGAAUCUCUCACUAGUUGCUUUGCAUUAUUCUCCCUUCAUACGGCAUCUGAUAACGAAACGAUUAUAAUAAUAAUAAUAAUAAUAACUAUAAUAAUAAUAAUGCUUACCGAGGCAUCUCUGUGAAGUGUGCGUUAUUCCGUAACCCUGGAUGAUCCCGAGUAAACCGCAAGCUUUCUGUGCUCCUUCAGUCCAUGUGGCAAGGUGGGCUUUUGUGUUUCUCGCUACUCCAACUUAUAUAUAAUUAUCAUUUCCCUGUUAUUCGACGGAUCCGUUUGCGCUGAACCUCUUUAACCAGCCGACUUUGACCCGAAGACGAUUUUCUAUUUUUUUUCUGAGUGUGAACGUAAAUAAUAACCCUGGAUCUCUUGUAUAUAUGUAAUUCUGUACAGCUACAAGGCACGAAUGGGACUGACGGCCAGUAUCGGGAGUUGUCUUGCGCACCUUGCCACAUCACCACUUUCACAUUUAGUUGCCCUUGCCUGUAGUCUUCUUGCAUGACCAGAGGGAAAGAAAGAAAGAAAGAAAGUAAUGAAUAAAACAUUAAAUAUGAGCAUAACCCCGUAUAUUUGUAUACCAAUGUACGAAAACGAAAUCUGCUGGAAGCAGUGAGGGAAACGGAACGACGCGUGUGUACGCUGGCGUGUUUAGUGCUCACGUGUGUGUCCUUUUGUUCUGCAAGAAGCCGUCGCAAGGGAACAAAUACUGUCAUACAUUAGUAAAAAAAAACAAACAAACAAACAAACAAAAAAAAAACUCCAUCAGGGUUGCCAGGAUUGUAGUUUUUGCACCAAUUAUAGCUAGUUUAGAAACAAAGUUUGUUGGUUUAGGAAAAACAUUUUGACCUGGCAACCCUGACCUCCAUCCAUAUUUUUCAGUUAGUAAUUUUUUUUCAUAGUUUUGUAGUUCAGGUGCAUGUACACGUCAUCACGUUUGCUCCGAGCGUGUUGAGUGUACUACAAGCAUGCGUGGAUUCGAGCCGCUGUUCCGCCUUACUCGCUGCUUUGCAUGUGGUUCCCUGACCUUUGACACCUCGGAUCGAUCCUCUUGCGGCUGCUGCAUGUUCAGGGAAAAGUCUUUCUUUUUCAUACUUGGGAAUGAGUGGCGUUUCGACAAUACAGUACCUCUUAGCUUCCCAUUCGAAUCGUUUCAUUUCUUCAUUCCUGAUGCACGUCCAUCUAACUAUCCAUCCUUGACAUCUUUUUGUCUGAAUGGAAUCCAAGCGGACUUACUACCUAAACCUAGGAAUCCGAAAGAAGUGGGCUUUAUUUACUGAGCGCAUGCGUUUGCUUGAAUUCGGGUAGUGCCUUUGAAAUAAUGCAGUUUCCUCUUAUUUAUCCAAAAUAAUUCUAUGAGCAGUGAAGCGAGUGUGGGGGCAGGAGGAGGAGGUCGGGGUGAGGUUGCACAGGCGGUGGCUUUGUCACAGUUUGAACAUUGCAGGUAAUUCAGAUACGUUGUCGUACGUCGGCGGUGCCUGGUUUGUCGGGUCUCUUCCUUCUUCUAACCUCUUUGUCUAAGUAUGCACAUAAUCACCAGAUCUCCAAAAAAGAUCUCAUCUCCUUCCCUGUCCUGUGAAAAAAAAAAAGAAUGAACCCUGACAUAUAAUUGUUGCAUUUCUAAAUAAUGUAUUGUAAAUGAAACCUCAACCUUUACUCACGAGCCUGAUGGUUUUUUUUUCAGUUCUAGGUUAAUGAUAAGCCUUAUUCAAUAAAUGUCAUGAAGUACACAGUGAAAUAAUGGAUCAUAUAAUUUUUGGGUUUUUUUUUUUACCUGUACUUGUCUGAUUUGACCUGUGUACCGAAUCAUUUUAAUAAAGGAAUGAAACGCACAUUUUUUGGUUUGCUUACACCGAUUGUUAAACUGAUUCGAGCCGUUUCUGAUUCCUAAGAGUGGUCAUUUUUUAAACUGUAUUUUCCUUUAGAUUUGACUUUUCUGUCCUGUAGUAAAGUUACGGUUUCUUCAGGCCCUGCUGGUGACAUCUCUGCAUUAUAAAAACAAGGCCUGACCAGGACUCAGUAAUGUGUGGGAAUGAGAUAAUUAUCUUGUAGCCAUGACUUAUUAUAAACAAAUUACUACUAAAGCAAGGGAAUGAGAUAAUUAUCUUGUAGCCAUGACUUAUUAUAAACAAAUUACUACUAAAGCAAGGGAAUGAGAUAAUUAUCUUGUAGCCAUGACUUAUUGUAAACAAAUU